AGCGUUCAAACAGUCGAUUAGUGUCGGUCGACGAUGUCGUGUUCGUGAGAUUUGAAAUAAAAUAAUUACCUUCGAUUACCGAAUAUUGUAAUAGUUUAAUAUACAAUAACUAUACAUUGUAACUUCAACAUAAAUAUUGAAUUUAAUGUAAUACAUCCGUAUUUAUGUAAUACAAUCAAGCGUAAACCACUGGCAAAAUGAACAAGUGGUCGUGGUUGAUGAUUAACAUACUGGCUUUCGUUCAAACGGUAUGUACCAUACAUGUGUACGAAUAAUACAUAAUAAUAAACCUACUUAAAUAAUAACAUAUAAAUGAACACCUAUUCGUGUAUAUGUAAUUAUUUUUACAACAUUAUGAAGUUUAUACGGGAAACGAUAGUAAUAUAAUUUACCAAGGGCCAAAGAACCUCUACGCUAACAUAAUAGGUAUUAUGUUGUUUUUUCUGAAUGUCUCACGCGUAAUAAUAGGUAUGUAGUAAUGUGGUAUUCCGGAAUUCCGUUAAGAGGACGUUAUACAAGCAUCUAUUGUCUCAGUCCAACUGCCGGGUAACAAACAAAACCAAUGCUUUCGCAGAAUAAGUAAAACUAGCUUAAUUUUAAUUAUUAGAGUGAAAGUACCUAUUAUGAAACUUAUAGAGAACAUUAUUUUGGAGGGAACGCCAAAGGGAUUUUGUACCAUUCAAAAAUAUAUAACUCGAUAUAAAAGACAUAAAAACAUUUUUGUUUUGUUUUUUAAAUAACUGUAACUUUUUUAAUAGCUCAUAAUUUCAAAAACAUCUAUAACAUUCCCACCAAAAUAUUGUUUUCUAUAAAUUUCAUAAUAGGUACUUUUACUCUAAAAUCAAAAUUAAGCGAGUUUUACUUAAUCUGCGUAAGCAUUGUUUUUAUUUGUUACCCGGUAGUUGGACUAAAACAAUAGAUGCUGGUAUAACGUUCUCUUAAAUUCAAAAUUAUACUAAUUGUUGAUUUUAAAGAAACCAAUAUUUUAUCUAAAUCUGGACGUCCGGUCGUUAACAUACUCCCUCCCCACUGCUGAUGUCAAUUAAAAAAUGACCUUCUAAUGUGCUAACUAAAUUCAAAAUGCGGCAAAAAAGGUCUCUUGUCAUUUUGUGAUUGGAUCAAGAUUUUUGAUAGAAAAGUUGCUUACGCGCUAAAAUACUAAAAAAAAAAAAUAGUACAACCAAUAGAUCUUUAGAUUAUUAGAUCUCAGAACCUAAAAUAUUAUAUUAAAUUAAUGUUUUAUAGAUUCAAUUGUUUAAUUCAAUAGCCUAUGGUACGUCAUUAGACUAUAAUUUACACCAAGAAGAAUUUAUUCUGUCUCCAAGGAAAUUUCACGAGAGACAAAGACGUUCAAGGUUAGUAAAUCUGCAAAAAAAAACUAAUUUUAAAUUUGAAUUCAAGGUAUGGAUUUUUAUUGAUUUCGGUUUUUCAAAAUAAAUUUAUUGAGGUAUCGGUAUAAAUUCUAAAUUUUAAAUAUAUGAAAUUAAGUUUUUAAGUUAUUAAAUUAGGUUUAAACCUAUUUUCUCUUUUUUCCUACGGUUUUCCCAUUUAAUGGGGAAAAUGAAAAAAAAUACCUCACUAAAUUACCUCCCCAGUCAGAUUUCCUUUCAGAAAAAAUGCUAUCAUUGUAAAUCGUAGCUAGAUUUCUGGAAGAAAAGUUGCUCAGUUAAAAAAUAAAAUAAUCAUCUUUGUAAAAGCAUAGGCUUCUUCGCUCCACUUAAAAUCUAAAAACCCAUAAUAUUUUUAAACUAAAAUUUACAUUUCGCGCAUUGCAGGUUUAACUAACCCUUCCCUCUCUUCCACUCUAAAUUGUUUCAUAUUAUAUUAGGUCUUUAUUGGGAUAACUCUUUCAGGGUCCCAGGCACCUUUUUUGAGUUGAUACUUAUAUCAAUUUCUGUGCCACGAAAGACGGUCGACGAUAGCAAUACGAAGUCGAUAAGACCGACAAAAUCCCGUGAAUCGUAAUAAAAAAAUAGAAUCCGGGCACGGUCCGACUGUGCCCGACAACGCCGUAUUCAUUUUUGUCGAAAAGUGGGGGAAAUCUAAUACCGUUCAUCGGCGGCGGCCGUAUAAUAUAGUGUCGUACGUAUUGUACGCAGGAGCACCCGUAUUUAUUUUGAUUACAUUUUUUUUUUUCUAUAAUAUUUUUAAAUAAUAUGCCAACUAUAUUAUUAUGAUUGAAACACCAACUCAAUUUUAAUUUAAUAUAAUUUUCCAUCUUUCUUUCAAUUUUGUAGGUAGGGCACGUGCCCGUGUGCCCCAUAGUACGAGCCGCCACUGGUCAUAUUUAUGUCAUCAAUUGUGAUCAAUAAAAUAAAAAUAUGAAUUAAUAAAAUACUGUUUGUAUCUAAGUAGGUACCAACUUACUAAUUUUGUGUUUAAUAUAAAAAUACAAAUUUGAUUUUAUUAGUUUAUAUAUAGGUACAAAUAUAAAUCUCUAACAAAAACUUAAAGUUUAUAUAAUUAGAUGAAAAUAGGACGGACAUUCUUUGCACGUGGGCACAGCUACUGAAGAUGGAAAGUUGGGAAGGUAGGGUACAGACAGGAAUGUAAUGUAUAUCAGCUGUAAACAACGAUAAACCAUUGAUUCUAAGCGGAGUUUAGUUGAUAGUGUUGCUUUGUGAACAAUAUAUGAGUCAUAUUAUGGUAAAAUGAUUACAACAAUGUACUUUUUCAUAACAACAAUAAUUUUUCAAAAUGAUUAAAAUAAUGAAAACUUAAUAAUAACAAAAAAUUUAUAAAAACUGUUGCCAAUGAUAACCUCAUUUUAAAUCUUUCAAUCUUUUCUAACUUAAAGCACCAGGUUUUCUUCAUUAGGUAUCUCGAAUAUUAAUGAGAAUUUAAAAAAAAUGAUUUCUCCAAAGUACCACCUAAAAAACAUUUCCUUUUAAAAAAGGUGCUAUACUUGAUAAUCGGAGUAAGGUUUCUGGUAGAAAAAGUGUUCAUAUAAAAUAAAAAAAACAUCACUGUAAAACCAAACAAUUACUCGGUCCACUCAGAAUCUAAUAAAUUAAGUUCGUUAGAAAAUAAAUAAAUAUAGAUAUAUUUAUAUUAAUAUACAUGGGGCCCGCAAAAUUUUGCACCGGGCCGGCACUGAGUGAGUACCUACCUAUCGAACAAAAAUUAUGUGAAAACAUCACAUAAAAUUAAAAUGUCUAUAAAUAGCUGAAAAAUAGAUACGUUUUGAAUAAUUUACCACGUCUAGAAAAGGCAAGUAUAAGUUUUCUGUUCAAAUUUCAAGUCUCUACAAAUAUUUAACUGAUUCAAAACAAAACACACGAACAUACUUCAACCGUGGGUGGGCCACUGUUGUAGGUGGGAUGUUGGGAAGGUAGAAUACAGACGGGAAUUCAAUGUAUAUCUGUAUUCUGUAAGCAACGAUUAACAAUUUAAAAUGAAAAAUCGAUUCUCGGGAGAGUUCAGUUGAUAGUUAUGCUUUGUCAACAACAUAUUAUGUCAUUAUAUUAUGGUAAAAUAAUUAUAUAGGUAUGCAUUAAAUAUUUUGUUUAAUAUUGUAAAUUUGAACCUAUUUUCCCGUGGUUUUUCUAUUUAUUGAAAAAACUCUUAGGAAAUCGAAAAUGACCUUUCUAAAGUACCACCCCGGUCAGAUUUCCUUUUAAAAAGGGUGCUACACUUGUAAAUCGGAGCAAUAUUUCUGGUAGAAAAGUCGUUCACAGAAAAAAAAAUAUAAUAAUAAAUACCAUAGUAAAAUCAAUACAUUCCUCGCUCUACUCAGAAUCUAGAACUUACCAAGUACAAAAUGUCCGUGUGACCGUGUAUAUAGUUAAGGAGACAGAUAGAUACGGAGUCAACUUGGGGACGGAUUGUCCGUUUGCCAUGUCAAAUGCAUUAUUAUUAUUUUAUCACAUGUUAUCAUUACUACACACUAUCAACUACGGGCCCGGUUUUCAUAUUAUUUGUUUACUUAAGCGUGAGGCGGUUUAUUUCACCGGUCGUUUAUAGAUAUUAUCCAAUAAGUAUUUAAUUGAAUCAAUUUUCCCAAUAUUUAGUUACGCAAUGUCUGCCGCCUUGACAAGAAAGAAGAUUUCUUUUAUAACGGGUAACGAGAAGAAAUUACAGGAAGUGUUACAAAUUUUCGAAAAGAUGUACAAUGGUACACUGCCCUUUGAAGUGAGUCGUUAUUUAUUCUUCUAUUAGAUAAGUUUUUUUCAAAUAGUAUACAAUUUUUGUUUGUAGUUAUCCCGCAUGAAUGUCAACUUGGACGAACUACAAGGUGACCGUAACUUCAUAUGCAAAAAAAAGGCGCUGCAGGCAUUCAAAAUCGUCAAAGGCCCAUGUAUAGUAGAAGACACUAGCUUGUGUUUCAAUGCCUUGGGUGGUCUUCCAGGUAGGAUAUUGCUAUUUACCGUAUUACUAGUACUAAGUAUGAAAAUAAUUUUUUCACUCAGGCCCGUACGUCAAGUGGUUUACCGAAGCGGUCGGCCCAUCUGGUUUAUAUCGUAUGCUCCAAGGGUUCAAUGAUAAAAGUGCUACGGCCGUGUGCACAAUUGCAUACGUCAACCAAGACGGAAAAGUAACCAUAUUUAGCGGUGAAACUAGUGGCACUAUUGUAAAUCCAACAACAGAGGAGACCUUUGGUUGGGACUCGUGUUUUCAGCCAACUGGGUAUGAUAUAACGUUUGCUCAUAUGACUAAAGAAGAAAAAAAUCUUAUAUCACACAGAAUCAAAGCAAUGAAAAAAUUAAAAGAUCAUUUUGAACUUUUUCUAAAUGAUGUUUGAAAUUUUUACAGAUGUUUGAAAUUAAAAAAUAUCUGUUUGUGUUACAUAAAUAUAUUUUAAUAAAAAUAGGUUGUUAAUAUUUGUUCUUUUUUAAAUACCAAUGUGAAUAAAAAAAAAUCAAAGGUGAGCAUUAACUAGUUAAUUUUCUAAUCAACUUAUGAACUUAACUAGUUUAAUUGACAGUUGAAAUAACUUAGCUUUUCUCAGUUGAUUUAAAAAUAAUCCACAAGUUAAAUAAUUUUGCAAUCUUUUGCUUAUACCUAAAUAUUAAUAUAAAAUAAAAAUAAUUUGGGAAAUUAGGAAGACGCAAUAUUUCUUUGUGAUUUACAUACUAAUUAAAAAAAAUAUAUCAACUUCUUUUAAACUGAUUUAAGUUAAUUUUUUUUUCGAUUUUAACUUUUAACUUAUCAAAUUAAAUUAAUUUAUUAAUUAUUAACUUAUUGAUCUUAUCUUAACUUGGUUUAAUUAUUUUCAUUACUUUCCCACCUUUGAACAAAAUCAUGAGAAACAUUACAUAUUAUCAGUGAUGAUAAUAAAAAGUAAAGUCUCAAUUUAAAAUGUGAAUGAAUAAAUACAUGAAUAACAGAGUCCAUGUACAAAUUAAUGAUAAAUGAUAAUGAAAAAUUUUUAUUCACGUAUAAUGGAUACACAUGAAUUUAAUAUUUAUAUUUAUUUGUUUUGGUGUUAUUUACUUAUUCAAGGAUAUUAGCCAUUGUUUUAAACUAAUUAUUAUUGUAUGUUAGGAAUUUGGUAUUCUUGUUCAUACUAAAAUACUAAAAUAUUCCUAAAAAAUUGAAAUAUAUGACGAUUCUAAAGUACUUCCCAAAUGAAUUUUCCUUUUAGAAACAUUGCUAUCAUUAUAAGUUGGAGCAAGCUUGUUGAAAGAAACUUUGUGCACAGAAAAAAAAGCGUACAAUUUUUAGCUAAUACCUGCAUUUCUUACAUUUUCCUUUUUUUUUUCGGUUUCUCAAAUGAGAAAAUUGAGAAUCAAAAAUGACCUUCCUAGAAGUACCUUCUCAGUAAAAUUUUCUUUCAGAAAAGGUGCAACACUUCGAAAUCCAAGCAAAUUUUCUGGUGGAAAAGUUGUUAAUAGUUCAUAAAAAAAUAAACAUCCCUGUAAAACCAUAUGCUUCUUCGUUACAUUCAGAAUCUAAAAAGUAAAUCAUAAAUCAUAAAACAUUAAACUAGCUAAAUAUUAAUACUGGGUGUAAUUGUACAAUGGCUUGCGAUAUAGCUUUAUUUUUAUUUUAUAUUAUAUUAUAUGAACAUUUUAAUUUCAAAUUUGGUAAAGGGUUAAUACCAAGUCGUGGGUGUGGCAAUAUUAUUUGUAUAUUUUAGAAAUAUUGUAAACUUUCUUUCAGUAAACCAUUGCAUUAUUUAUUUAAUCUGUCUCUUUCUUGUGGUAUUUUUCCUAACUUAUAGAAAAAAUCUUUUAUCACCCCUAUUUUAAAGUCAGGAAAUAUAAAUAAUAGGUAAAAAGUCCCUUUAUCAUCAAAAUCUUAUAAUAUGUAUUUUAGUUAUUAUUUAUGCUAUAUUUAUUAUUGUUAUGUCACUUAUCAUUUAUAUGUUUCUUUUCAUUAUACAAAAGGACUUGUCCUGUUAAGUUGAAAAUAAAUAAAUAAAUAAUAGUGUUGAAAAUACAAAUUUAUAUUUAAUCAAAAAAUGACAUAUUAAAUUUUCUAUUUGAAAAAUAAAUAACUUAAGAAUCAUUACUAUGAUUAGGUUAGCGAUUAGCUCAUAUUCAACUUAUUUAGAACAAUAAUAUAAAUAUUAUGUAGACAGAGGCAAAAGAUAUUGGAAUAAAAUGUUUGAUAAAUUGUAAUUAAAAAAUAUAUUGAUCUGUAAUUAGAAAAUAAAGUAGAAUUGUUUGUUUUUCCAUAUACUAACCUAAAAAACUAUAAUAUUAUAAUAAAUUGUGAAAACUAAAAUUAAAUUUAAGGAUUAAACAUUUUGCAGUUAAAAAACUAUGAAUUUUAAUCAGUUUUAUAUCAUAUUCUUAUGUAUUAAUAAUUUUGUCUAAAGAUAAAGUUUUAGAUAUUAAACUACUUAAUUAUUAGGAUAAAAAUUUAAAAUUAACUCUUAUGUUCUUAAAUAUAGUUUCUGUAGUUAUUUUGUUAGGUAUACUUACAAAUGUGUUCUCUAUAUUGCUGUAGGGUGUAAAAUCCUGGAUUCACAAAAACUUUGCCAUCACAAAGAAACUAAAAGCAUUUGAGUUAUAGUUAAAAUAGAAGAAUGGUGAUGUGAUACAUUGGACUGCCCAUAUUACAAAUACAAAUAAAUGCUCAAAUAAUGAACAAAAGCACUGAGUUCAUUAACACUAUUAAGAUCAGAAAGUUUAAAUACCUAAGGCACAUAAUGAGAAAUGAAAGUAAGUAUUCAAUAUUUCUAUCCAUUGCUUUGCAAGGUAUACUAUUUGGAAAGAAAAAAUCUAGCAGAAUAUGAAUAUCAUGGCUUUAAAAUCUAAGGGUAUGAUUUUGAAAUAGCUCAUUAAAGUUGUCCCAUGUUACAACUGAUAAAGAGGGGAUUGCUGGGAUGGUCCUCAACAUUUGGAAUCGGAUAGGCAUCUACAGAAGUGACAAAUGGUUUAAAUGUUGAGUACAAUUCUGUCUUUUUGUUUCAUCCAAUUUCUCUUCAGAUACUAUAAAUAAU